AUGGGUAAUAUAAUAGGUAAAGCUUGGUAAUGCUUAAGUAAGCCUAGCAUAUCUUAGUUCAGCCUAGUUUAAUUUACCAAAGCCUAGUCUAGAAUCCUAGAAUAGCCCAGCUUGGCAAAGUCUAUUCCAGCUUAGUCCAGAAGCUGAGCUAAGCCAAGCCAAGCCAAGCCAAGCCAAGCCAAGCCAAGCCAAGUCAAGCCAUGCCAAGCCAAGACAAGCCAAGCUAAACUAAGCCAGGUCAGGCGAAGGUAAGCUAAGCCAAGGUAAUCUAAGCUAAUCCAAGCGAAGCCAAGCCAUGCCAAACUAAGUUAAGCUAAACCUAGCCCAACCCAGCCUAGCCCAAUCCAGCCCAGCCCAGCCCAGCUCAGCUCAGCUCAGCUCAACCCAGCCCAGCCCAGCCCAGCCCAGCCCAGCCCAGCCCAGCCCAGCCCAGCCCAGUCCAGCCCAGCCCAGCCCAACAAAGCCAAGCCCGGCCUAGGCUAG